GGGCGAGGAACAGAAGCACGGAAAUUCAUCUCCUUUCUAGGGGCCAACAUUCCAACAACUUCAGAACUCGGAACAUAUCCGUACUCGUCUUUUCUAUUGUGUUUUCUUUACCAAACUUCCUCCCGACGUCUCACUUAUCUACAACUCCAGUUAAAUUUUCUUGUUCUCCUCUGAAAGACGCGCCCGAAGCUUAUUUAGUCUUGCGGUCUUAUAGAGGAAUCCCCGAGUUUGCACCUAUGGACCACCAGCCCGAUUCUGAAGAGAUCAAGCUCUCCAAGAAGAGAUCCUGGGCCAUGUAUAGCCCCGCGACCCCCUCCCCGCUUAACCCAAGCUGCAAUUCGCAUGGGGAAGAAACACCAGAGAGGGGGAGAACAAGAAACCCGUCACCGUCCCCGUCUCGGCCAACGACGCCCGGGAGAGAAGGGGAGAGACACCGGCCCAUGAGGGUGGCAAUCAGCCCAACGGAGAUGUUGUUGAGGCAGAAGGCAGCGCAGGCCUGGCAGUCGAUAAGGAGGGCGGGUGGCAGAAUGACCCAGCUCGAUGAACAAGAGUGGCUAGACGUCGGCGAAGUGGAGAAAACACCGAUAGAGCAGAACUCGGGGUCACCAAUCCAUCCUGCGCACUGGGAGGACCAAGAGGACCAGUUUUUCGUCAACACCCAAGACGAAGACGGGAGCGAUAGCGGCGGCGGCGGCGACGACGACGACCACGACGACGACGACGUAUGGAGCCGCUGGACGAUCAUCACCUUGGAAGAUAUCACCACUGCCUGGCCUUUUACCUGCUUCAAAGUCCCAAUGACGCGUCGGUCGCUGUUUGUCGCUAUGCUGUGUCUGGGGGGUUGCAUCCCCGCCGUCGCCAUCCUUUCGUCUAACGGCCCAUCCGCCAGCAUCUCGUGCGUAAUAUACAGACGCGGAUGCGGUCUUCCAAGUGGAGCCCAGAACUGAGCUGUG